AUGGCGGCGGCUCUGACGCCUGCAGCGACGCAACCGGCGUUCUGUGGAGACGACAGGUGGGUGGCCAGGCACCUAAAGGAUCGAGAUGCCGAGCGCGUGCGGCGUAACAGCCCCGACGGCGGCUUCACCGCUGUGGAGACCGUACACUUCGACCGCGCCGAGUUCACCAAGCAGAUUCAGGAGUUCCUGGACGCGGACGUGAGCGACGGCUUCGUGAUCGGGCUCAAGCGUCGCAGAGAGUUCGCGUUGCAACUGUGCGCCGACUACAGGAAGUUCACGGAGGCGCAAAGGCUGGAGCUCGUGCUAGCGCUGGCGGUGGACCUGGGAGUACGAGACCUGGCCCUGAUGAUGAAGACGCUGCCCUCCAUCAAGCGUUCUGGUCUGGUGCUGAAUGUGGCUGCCGCUGCGUUGGGUUUCAGUCGCAAGAACGACCCCAAUAUCUCCAAAAGUGUUAAGCGGGGGCUUGUGCCGCUUGCGGAACAGUUUUUCCUUCUUGUCGGAACCAUUCAACCUGGGCCGUUGUUUUUGCUCAACUUACGAGUGGAUUUGGGCAUUUUGAUCGAACGUCACCGGGAGAAGCUACCCAAGUCAAGCGUGGAGGCUCUGGAGCUGUUAGAUUUGAUCAUGCGCGACUUGUUCGCCACUCAGGGCAGCAUGCGCUUCCGACGAAUCGACUUGGCUUCAGAAGACUUGGCUGCAUUUGUGCUCAAGAAUGAGCGUGUGCACCAGAUUCGAGGCUGGGCGGACCUGCAGCGGCGUCUAACGGGUCAACAGCGCUACUGCUUCGGCCUGUUCCAUAUGCACAUGCCGCAUGCCCCGCUGGUGUUCGUGCAAGUGGUUGUGACGGAUCACCUCUGCAACAAUAUCACUCCUAUCCUGGAGGAAGAGACACCGGUUGUGAAGAAGCCGUCGCACGUUAUCUUCUAUUCCGUGUCGACAGCAAACUCUGGUCUUCGAGGCUUAAACAUCGCAAGCCACUUACUGUUCCUCACGAUUCAGCGCAUGACCAGCAUGUUCCCUCAGUGUACAACAGCGGCUACGCUGUCACCAGUGCCAGGUUUUGCCCGAUGGUUCAAGGCAGCUCUUGCUAAUGGUGACCAGCAGUCGCAAGCCACCACGGACGCAAAGAAUGUGCUGAAAAAGAAGCAGCACAGCGAGUUGCGUUUGGAGCCGCCAGAACGAAGUUUCUUCACCACGGAGCAAGCUCAGCGCCUCACAAUGAAGUAUGGUGUGAACCAGUUAGUGUUACACAAAUGGCUGCUCAAAAAGAUCAGCGAUCCCGAGUGGCACAAGGACAUCGAGCUGGUUGAAAACAUUCGUGACGUCAUGACAGCCGCUUGCGCCCGAUACAUCCUCUUUGCUCGGAAGCAAGAUAAAAUCCUGGAUCCUGUGGCAAACUUUCACCUCCAAAACGGCGCCCAAGUUGAGCAAAUCAAUUUCAUGGCUGAUACGACGCCAUCAGCGCUGGCAUCGGCGCUUGGAAUGAUGAUCAACUACCGCUAUAGUAUGCCUUCAAUCGAUGUCACAUCGCUCUCGUACAAGCGGCAAUCCUUGGCGGCGGUAUCUCCUGCAGCAGCUCGGCUUGUUUGGCUGACAGAAAGCGUCAUUCUGGAUGAAAUCGAGCGGUUGAAAGAUGAGCGUAACACGCCGCUAUUUGCCAAGGUUUUCCGCGCUGGUGAAGUGAUUAGCGCACGUGGAUCUCUACCCACAGCCAUUUAUUUCAUUGCAUCUGGCAGGGUUCGUGUGCAAUCGGCGCACCCAUACAACUUGAGCGAAGGUCAAACAUUUGGUGAGCGCGAGUCGCUGAACGAUGAGCCAGUGGCGUUCACCGUCCGCGCUGAGACCGUGACGCACUUGCUGCUGCUGCCGUACAAUGAUGUGAAGGCUCUUCAGCGUGAAUCAAGCGCGCUGCGCGACUACGUCGGUAGUGAUCCGCGUGUGUGGCAACAGCAGCUCUACAUGUCAUUCCACGGUAGUAAGUUGUAA